CAUUUUCUUUUUAGUUUCUUGUUGACAAAAAUACCCCUACAAUUUGACUACGUUUUCGGCGCGCAGAGUCCCUCCAUCUUCGACUAUAAAAUGGGCUCACCUCUCUGUGUAUUUCUUCGAAUCCAAACCAAAAACUCAAAAACAGGAAGAGAGCAUGGCGCCAAAACGAAAACCUUCUUCUCCAAUCUCCAUCGGUAACUGCGAGGUUACUGUCGAGGCCACUCGUUUCACCUGUAACUCCGACUCAAACGCCGUCGUAAUCUCGCUUCCGCGAAGCGGAAAGGUCAAAGUGUCAGCUGCCGUUGUUAAAAACCAUGAGAACGCUUCUGAGGAUUUUAGAUCCGGUGAUAAAGAGCAUGAGUUCGUGCUGGUUAAUCCUAAAGAUGCCGAUUCUGUUAGUAAAUCCUACCUUCAGGAAGUAUUAGAAAUGUACAGGACAGAGCUACCUGGAAUGAAUUAUGCCGCAAAUACUGGAAAACAAUCCAAGUUUCUUGAGAGAUGUGUGACUAAUGGCAGGAAAUAUCGAACCCUACUGGUAAAAUCCACUCGUGUUGGAAAUUCAGGAAAGGUUAUAGCCGCAAUCACAUACCAAUUCAUCCCUGCAGAUACAGAAUUUGCAGAGGUCCCACUUGCAGCUGUCAAUGCAAUCCAUCAACGAAAGGGUUUUGGUCAUUUAUUGGUUCUGGAGCUACGGAAAAGACUUCAAAGUGUUGGAAUUCGUUCUAUUUUAUGCUGGGGAGACAAAGAAUCAGAAGGGUUUUGGCUUAAACAGGGUUUUGUAGAAAUAGCACAGGUGGAUACGAAAGGAAGGGCCCGCAGGUUACCUGUAAAAGCUGAUAUUCAGAAAUCAUUAUGCUUUCUUGGUGGUUCAACUCUCAUGGUUUGCCACGUAAUGAAAGAAUGCUUAGCCGAUGAGGAUAACACUACGAAGUGUCUCCCUUCACAGUUUCAUCAGAAUUCCUUUACACCUGCCAUUGCUGAAGAUGAGCAGCUGAAGAUUUCAGGAUCUGACAGUCGUAACCCUAAGAAAUUCUGUAGUAGUAUUGCUCCAUUUGCCCAAGUAAACGAUGAUAGACAGGCCACUGGUUCGGAAAGUUCACAGCAUGGAGUUGGUGCUAAUGUGAAUUAUUGUUCUCAAUCUACAAAAGGUGCAAAGAGGACCUGGGAAGCCUCUUUAUCCUCAUUGAAGUCAAAAAGAGUGAAGGGGAGCCAGCUGGUUGACAAUCAAUCAGGUUCUAGCUGCGGUUUUAUCUUAGAGACUGAUGAGGUCAAUCCCUGUUUUGUAGAGGCCCUCUACGAUCCUUCGAUUACAGAUGGUUCUGAAAAAUGUGUCGAUAAUUAUUUACAUUUAGAAGCUCCUAUCAACAUGGAACCUCCGUCUACUAAACAAUGCUUUAGAAUUAUGUUGAUGAAUAUCGCUGAUGAUGCUAAGAAAACACAGCUUACAAAGGUGAUUGAAGACCUUGGUGGAACUGUAUCGACUUGUGGAAGUAUGACCACACACAUUGUCACAGGAAAAGUGAGAAAAACUCUGAAUUUCUGUACCGCCCUUUGUUCAGGUGCUUGGGUGAUCUCAUCAAGUUGGUUAAAAGAAAGUUUUCGUGAAGGCAGAUUUGUUGAUGAAUUGCCUCACAUACUGAACGAUACGGAUUAUUCGCUGAAGUACAAAUGUGAUUUAAAAAGUGCAGUUUUACGGGCAAAAGCUAGCUCUCAUACAUUGUUCAAGGGAUAUAAUAUAUGUAUUGCAGCUCAUGUUCAAACUCCCGCGAAAAUAUUGUCUGCAAUUGUCAUGUCCGCAGGUGGUAAUGUGAUUAGUAGAGUGGAGAAAGUAAAAGAAACAUCAACAACAAUCUUUGUGACGGGCGAAGAAGACACGGAAGAAGCAAUGGUGGCCGCAAAGAAAGGGAUCCGAACUUUCAGUUGCGAUUGGUUUAUGAACUGUGUCAUGAGACAAGAACUUGACUUGGAAGCCCCCCAGUUUGCUGAGACCUUAUAAGUAUUUCACAUGCUUUUUUCUCUUUUAUCUUUUAUCUUGUACAUAACAAUCUCUCAAUUUUAUACUCUUUCCCUUUCAGUCAUAAAUAUCAUCAGGUUUAACACAUACCGUAGAUAACUCGUUGUUGAGGUAGGGUUAGGAUUGCAAACGAAUUAGACUACUUUUAUACCUUUUUGUUUAAAUCUACUUUUUUAUUAU